AUUUGGUCAUUAAAGUAGGCUUUUUCUGCUUUGACAGACAAAAUAACUCAGAUAAUUUCGGUUGCCUUACUGCUGAUCAAUAACAAGCCAGAAAAAUAAGAAAAAGCUGGGAAAAACAUGGAUUUCAUGCCGAUCUUUAUAUUUGUAAUACAUCUUUUAUACUACGGAAUGAUGAAAAUUACCCAACCGCAAUGCAAGUGGAACGAGACGCGCCCAGAGAUUUUAGAGGAAAUCGAUUUGAAUAGAAAUCCGAUUCUAUACGAUGAAGAGCGGGUUUGGAGGAAGGAAAUGGCGAUGAUUAGUUGGAUACUGGGAAUGCCCUAUAACACGAUGCAAAAGAUAGAGUAUAUACUGAACAAUAUAACAGCACCCAGGAACUUGGACGGUGAUACCAUCAAGAUAGAAAACUACAACGAACUAUUGGCAAACUACUACUUCACUACUAUACAAAAUGGCAGGCUACUUCACGAUAGUUACGACGACACAAACCACUCUGGUAACUUCACUUUAAAUACGGAGAUAUACAACUAUUUGGACUACCGUAUAGUUUCCAACGAAACCAUAAUUGCCAUGCGCUAG